AUGGGUCCACCGGCUCGAUAUGGCUGCUGUGUAUGUAAAAAACAAGUGAAAGGGAAGAUAAAGCGCCCUGUAAGUAAAAGUCUGAUGAAGAUUCUUCGCGAAAAAGGCCUACAUAUUGACAAAAACAGCCAAAUUUGUAAUCCUUGUAGACUUGAUAUAGCUAAACAGGUACAGGGCAGACCAAAAACUACUGCUAAUUCAGUCACAAUUCCUUUUUGUUCAGCUGGAAAGUCACAUAGUAAGUGUGCGUUUUGUGACGGUAAAAUAAAUCUGAAAAUAAUUCCAACAGAAGCUAGAAUCGAUUCGUUUGUAAUGUUUGGGCUGCUUGUACCAGUUGGAUGCAAGUGUUGUCCAAAACAUUUAAUAGGAAAAAACCUUAAUCCAAAUCAAGCCAUAGAUGUGACCUCUUACAGGAAGAAAAUGUCUUCCUUAACAUCACAAGAAGUAUCUGACUUGCUGACAAAAAUCAGAACAAGAGCCAUGCACAAUUUAACAACUUACAAGCUUGAUUUUGAAAACUUACACGAUGAAGACUACAUGACAUUGCUAGGACUUUCAAAAGAAAACUUCUUUGAUAUUACAUCAUUUACAACAUCUCUAAGAAAUACAAAAAUGAGAUCAAUAAAGAAUGCUAUUGGAAUACUUCUUUUUAAACUGAAAUCUGGUCUUUCAAAUGGCAUACUUGCCACACUCUGUGGAAUGCGCACAAGACGUCAAGUAGCUGAAGUGGUGAAAAGUGCUCGCGUGGCAAUGGUAAAAGAUUUCGUGCCCCUCAAUCUCGGUUUCCAACAUGUUUCCAGAGAUAGAAUAGUCAACCAUCACACUACAGAUAUAUCCAAGCAACUUUUCACAGAUCCCAUUUCAGACACUGUUGUACUAGUCUUAGAUGGAACAUAUAUUUAUAUUCAAAAAAGUUCAUCUUACAAAUUCCAGCGUCUUACCUAUUCAAUGCACAAAAACCGACCCUUAGUGAAACCUUUCAUAAUCACAGCUACAGAUGGAUAUAUCGUAGAUGUAGUAGGGCCUUUCUUUGCUAACGGCCGGAAUAAUGAUGCUUCCAUUUUAUCACAUAUUGUUCAAACAAAUGCUGGCAAUUUCAUGGGUUUUCUUAAGGAACACGAUGUUUUGGUUGUAGACAGAGGCUUUAGGGAUUCGGUCCAUUUUUUACAAGAAUGUGGCUUCCAAAUAGAGAUGCCAUCAUUCUUAUCUAAAACAAGUAAACAACAUUCUACAGCCGAAGCCAAUUCGUCCAGAUUAGUAACCAAAAUCCGUUGGGUCGUCGAGGCAGUUAACGUGAGGAUAAAAAAAUGGCAAUAUCUAAACAACGUUGUUCAUAAUAGUCAAAUUCCAUACAUAGGAGAUUUCGUUCGAAUUGUAUGUAGCGUCAUAAAUAAAUACAGACCACCAAUUAAAACUAAUGAUGACGAUGAUCUGAAUCUUGGUUUCAAAAUGUUACUAAAAUCCAGAGAAAACGCAAAUGCUUUGAAACAAUUGUGCACUAGAAAUCACGCCCACAGGUUUACGGUAAAUUCAAAAUCUUGGAAAAGCAUAGAUGCUCAUGAUGCUGUUCUUGAUUUUCCCGUCCUUAGUGAAGAUGAAGUUAGACAAUUAAUAUUUGGAGUCUAUCAAAUUCGACAGGCAAAUUCAUAUGUCAGGGAGCACACAGAAAACGGACAGUACAACAUUGAUGUAUCUGAAAUUGAAACCGGAUUAAUUCACACAAGAAUCCAAUCUAGACAUCGAAACAGUACCCUUUACAAUCUCUGGAUAAAGUACACUACGAGCAGUGUUUGUGGAUGGUACUGCCAGUGUAAAUCUGGUGCUCGUACUGUUGGGUGUUGCGCCCACGUCUGUAGGGUUAUUUGGUAUUUGGGAUACUCCCGUCGUCAGUGUAAUUAUACAGUUAGGGCGAAGGAUCAGUUUAUUUCAAGCAUUCGUGAUGCAGGUGCAAACCAAACUGACUCUGAUGAGUUAUCUGAUUAG